ACGUAGAAUUCUGGCGACAAAACCCAUAGCAGUAGCACACGUGUGCCGUUCGUCGGCGAAUUGGACUCCCACAGUCUACGAGUUGCCCUCGAUAGUCUGCUCUUCGCUUCCUCACACAGAGUUCUCUAAUCCCCCGACUCUCCCAGCCGUAUUUAGGAAUUUAUGAGCACCAGCAGUCUGGAAAUGCCGCUGAGUUCUUUGAGAGAUGCAUUUGAUCGAGUUGGUAAGAAGCAAAAAUUAUCUAUUUCCAAAUCCCAGGAAGUGAUUGACCAGGUCAGGCAUGAAGUUGAACAGGCAUUGGUUGACAUUCAAUCAGAUCAUGUUGCUACCUGGGCUUUAGUAGACAUUCAAUCUGAUGAUGUUGCUACAUCUCCAAUCGAUCAGAGAUCUAUUCUUGAUGAACUUAGAAAUAAGCUCAAUAUGAUUGCCCCCUUGAAUCAGCUAGAGGGAUCACAGAAAGAGUUAAACCUAAGUCUGAACAAGUACCAGAAGGUCCUUGACAAGACUCUAAAUCCUGAUAUAUCAAAGGCUUAUAGGAAUGUUGAUUUUGAUCCACACACCUUACAUCAGAUCAUCCUCAACCAUUUUUACCGUGAAGGUUUGUUUGAUGUUGCUGAUUCCUUAAUACAAGAGGCUGGAGAACCAGAGGCCAUUUCACUUAGAUUGAAGUUCGUUGAGCUGCAUGAAAUUCUUGAGGCUAUGAAAUUGAGGAACCUGGAGCCUGCUCUGCAGUGGGUUUCUGAAAACUUUGAACAACUGAAAGAAUGUGGUUUGUUCCUUAAGCUAAAACUUCAUAAGCUGCAGUUUGUGGAGAUUUUGCAGAAAAGAUGCCAAGCAGAUGCACUUGACUAUGCCAAAACAUAUCUUGCUCCUUUGGCUUCUGUUCACAUGGACGAAAUACAGAAGCUCAUGGGUUGUCUCUUGUGGGUAGGAAAGCUGGACUCAUCGCCUUAUUCUGAGUUGGUUGACCCAAGCAACUGGGAGAAAAUGACAGAGGAAAUAACUGAGCAGUUUUGCAGUUUCUUGGGGCAGUCAUCGCCAAGUCCUCUGAGUGUGGCUCUAGCUGCUGGGAUUGAAGGUUUGCCUACCUUGUUGAAGUUGGCAACUGUAAUGGCUGCAAAGAAACAGGAGUGGCUAGCAAUGAAGCAGUUGCCAGUACCAGUGGAGUUGGGGAAGGAAUUUCAAUAUCACUCAAUAUUUGUCUGCCCAGUUAGUAGGGAGCAAGGCAGUGAAGAGAAUCCACCCAUGUUAUUGCCCUGCGGUCACGUCCUCUGCAAGCACUCAAUCCAUAAGCUAUCUAAAAACAGUACGCGGAGCUUCAAGUGUCCAUACUGUCCGCAGGAUGCUUCAGUUACACAGUGUAGACAGCUGUUCUUUUGAUAUGGACUCCCCGCGUCACUGCUUUUCCGUAAAAAUGUCUUAGGGUGGUUUUUUAAGUGGUAUUUUAUGGAGUUUUGUGCAUAGAAUUCUUUAAAAGUUUGAUGGCUUCUGUACCUAGUAGCAUAUGUUUUUGACAGGGUCUUGACCGUGCAUGAGAUACUACUAUGUCCGGCAAUUCAUGCUUCUCAUUGGUGUUGGUUAAAGUUAAAUAGAUUGGUAGAACAUGAGGUAGCAAUGUUCUCUUGUCACAAUAUUCUCUCUGUUUACUGUGCAGAGAGAAUGGAGCCUUUGGCUUCUCAUUUGCUCUUGCUGCUGGGUGUUACAGUGUGAUCGCCAGCAUGCGCUUCCCAGUCCUUAGCUGCACUAAAUAUUUUUCCA